AUGAAUAGACAAGGACCCGAAUGGGAACGAAAACAGACAGCAAAAACUUAUAAAAAGUAUGAGACUGGAAUUCCCGGUUCGGAUGACGAAGAUGAAUUGAUAUCCACUGAGGGUAAAGUUCCAGAUCAAUUCGGAUUCUUUCAAUCUCAACGAUACAAACAAAAUGAGGCCAAGAUACUUAACUCGAACAAGCGGACUACGAGCAGAAGAGAGAAGAAAUGGCAAAAGAUGCUCAGAAAAUACGAUCGGAGUUUGACCAAGAAACUUCCCGAUAGAGUGUUCAAAGGUGUUCCCAACAGUGUUCGGCGUGAGUAUUGGAUGGCAGCUCUUGAUCCAAUUUCGUUGAAGCAAGAUUACAACCAAAAGGGAGCUCAAUUCAAGCACCUGUAUAAAAGUAAAAAGGACGAUGUCGAAGUCGUCCGCCAAAUCGACCUGGACAUCAAGCGUACUUGGCGUCUUCACCAGAAAUUCUUCAAACCAUAUAGCCAGGAUCAACGCUCCUGCUUUAGGAUACUGCUUGCUUAUGCUGCGCUAGACCAACAAGUCGCUUAUUGCCAGGGAAUGAGUCAAAUUGCAGCUUUAUUUAUGAUCGUCCUCCAGGACGAAGAAUAUGCAUUCUGGUCGCUUGUAGCGAUUAUGAACCAAGACCCAUGGAGUCAAAGGGGCAUGUUCAAACCUGGAUUUCCCAAGCUCAACCUUUUCUGCGCCUACUGGGAUAACACCCUUCAAAAGCACCUUUCAAAGGUCUACAAUCAUCUCGAAGCUGAAACGCUGAUAUCCCAAAUUUACCUGACAAAGUGGCUCCUACAAAACUUUCUUGAUCGGCUUCCCUUUCGUCUUGCAAUCCGAUUGUGGGAUUGCUUUAUGCUCAAAGGAGACGUCGUCGUUUUAGCAGCGACUUUUGUUCUCUUCAAACUCAACCAGAAGAAAAUCUUGCGAAUGAGCUUUGAAGAUCUGACGCCCUUCCUGCAAAAUGAUAUCUGCAAUUUGACCAUUCCUGAUGACACGUUUUUUCAACAAAUUAAAAAAGUGGACAUAAAAGUCUCUCCCACUAUUACCUCCAUGCCAAAGCAACCGAUAGAUCCCAUCGAAACUCCUGUGCCAAAAGUCCGCCAAAAGAGACCUAAAAACGAUUCUAAAACGACCAUUCAAAGUCCCAAAUCACCGUCAAAGACAUCUACGACCACUGUAUCUUCAUCGAACGGCUACCACUUUGAUUCAUCGAAGACAGGAAGAAUGGCGAAUAGAACGGUAAAAGGGGCGAAUACGAUUAAGGGAACGAACCCUCAGUUCCUGAUCGAAAAGAUCAUCAGAUCCAGAAUUUAUGAAUCUCGAUACUGGAAAGAGGAAUGCUUCGCUCUUACUGCAGAGCUUCUUGUUGACAAAGCGCUUGAAUUAAAGUAUGUUGGUGGAACAACAGCUGCGCAUGUGAAGCCUACUCCGUUCCUGUGCCUCCUUUGUAAAAUGCUCCAGAUUCAGCCAGAAAAAGACAUCGUCAUUGAGUUCAUAAAACAAGAUGAGUUCAAAUAUGUGCGUUGCUUGGGCGCUAUGUAUCUCCGACCAGGGCUCGAAUAA